UUCUUUCCUCCAUCAAAUGGAUUUGAUUUCAACGGCCUCUUCCUUGCGAAGAACAGAGACCAAGCUUGCUUACUAACUUCUAGAGAGAGCAGCCAAUAAAUAAUUGGUCUCUCUUCAAUCGAUCGAUAUUGAUCUUCGUGUACUUUCCUUGAACCAAACUGUCUUAAUUAGUUCUCAAUCAUUUUGAUCAAUUUCAUCAGUUGCGAUUUGAUCGAACAUGGAAGCGCACAUCACCUCUUCUAAUGAAAAGGCCGUGGAAACUGAUCUCCAAGCAAACUUACAGAGUUUGAGAAAAGAGAAUGAAACUCUAAGAUUCAUGCUUGGCGUUAUGAACAGAAAAUGCAACAUUCUUCAAGCCCGUCUUCAAGAAAGAAAGGCAGAACAAUUCAUGAACAUCAAUUUAACUCAAAGCGGCUCAAACAAUGAAACAAAUUACAAGAAAGCACGGACAGAGUUUCCGGCACCUAUUAAUAGGACAUCACGAAUCUUAGUGAGAGCUGAUUCUCAGGACAAUAGCCUAAUAGUGAAAGAUGGCUAUCAAUGGAGGAAAUAUGGGCAGAAGGUUACUAAAGACAACCCAUCACCCAGAGCUUAUUUCAGGUGUUCCAUGGCUCCUGGAUGCCAAGUCAAAAAGAAGGUACAAAGAUGCGUGGAAGAUAAGAAUGUACUUGUCGCAAUCUACGAUGGGGAGCACAACCAUGAUUCUAAUGCUAAUUCUGAUAUCGGGGAGUACUCUUUAUUUUCAUCUGAUCGUAUUGGAGUGGCCACGCCGAGCUCAAAUUCAAUGCAUAAUAUUAUUUCUCCUCCACAUAUUACUAAUCAUGAUAGCCCAUUUCGACCAGCUAUCGCCCUUGAUCUCAGUCUCUCUGGACCAAACAAAGAAAAUCAAAGAAAUUAUGUGGAAAAAGACCAUCAUAACAACUACUACUAUAACAUUGAAGAAUGCGUGGCCUCUUUGACUAGAGAUCCCAACUUCACCGCAUCUUUGGCUGCAGCAGUUGCACGCUCCAUGUAUUAGCCACCAGCCUAAAUUACCAAAGAUUUAGAUGUGAUCGAUCAACAUCAUGCCUGAUAUCUGUAACUGUAAAGAGAUGAAAAUAGCCUGGAAUCUGAGCUUAAUUAAGAGUAAUGGUGUUCUUUUGGGUGUUGAUUGUUGAGAAUAAAGUUUCAUCUAGUAAAGAUAAAAUAGGGGACAAAGGGAAAAGGGCAUUUCUGUUUGCUAUAAAGUUUAUUCUGUUCAACUGAUACAUGAAGUGCCUCUGUUAUUGAUU